AUGCACAUCUAUGUCAAGAAUCCGACCGGCAGGACGAUCCGCCUCAGGCUCCAUAAAUCAGACACCUUGUAUAGCGUCAAGGCGAAGAUACAAGAGCAAUACCGCCUCGUCUUUGACGGGACCCAACUAGAGGACAGCUGCACGCUAGCCGACUAUGAAAUCGAGCAUGGAUCCACGAUCGACCUCCAAGAGAAGAUGCAGAUAUUCGUGACAGAGAUGCCGGCUGCUAGGACCAUGGCCCUUGAGGUCGACAGCCACGACACCAUCGACAGCGUCAAGGCCAAGAUCGAGUACAUGGAAGGCUUCCCCAAGGGCCAGCAGUGCCUCAUCUUCGCCAACAAACGGCUGGAGGACGACAACCUCACCUUGGCUGACUACAACGUCUGGAAGGACUCGACCCUCCUUGUCCUCCAGCCAUUUAGUCCGCGAGAAGGUAUGGGUAUGAUGCGCAUCUUCGUGAAUAAAAAGGGCAAGACCCUGACCCUUGAUGGGGUUGCAAGCUCGGACACUGUCGAUAGUAUCAAGGUGAAGAUCUACAAGAAGGAUGGCACUAGCCCAAUACAACAGAACCUCUUGUUCGACCGCGAGAGGCUGUGGGGCGACCGCACCAUGGCGGACUACGGCAUAACCGGGGAGGAUACUGUUGAGGAUAUAGCUAUCGGUGUCCUUCCAUCUCUGAAGACUGGGUUGAAUGUUUUGAAAAAUAAGAUUGUUUCUAGUGAUCCAAAUAGCCGAGGAUGCCAAUAUGAUGAUUUCCAUGAAAAAAGGAACUUGCAGUUGUUGUUUGAGAUCAGCAAAAGCUUCCAUCACUGA